AUGUACGAAAACCUUCAAGUCGAGCGUCGUGAGGAUGUCUUCAUCCUUACUCUGCAGAAGCCACCAGAGAACCGUCUCACGUCACAAUUCUGUCAAGAGAUCAUCCGGGCUUUGAACGAUGUUCGCAAGGAACUAGGCCCUGACGCGCCUGGCGCUGUCAUCAUUCGUGGCAAUGAUACCAAGUUCUUCUGCACGGGUCUAGAUCUGUACGAACGAGACACAAACCCAUACGCCAGUUCCGAGGGAUUUUACCCGCUCGUUGCAACUCUCCUGGAUUUCCCAUUGCCUACCAUCUGUCUCAUCACUGGACACACGUUUGGAGGCGCGUCAGUAAUGACAUUGGCGCAUGACUAUCGCAUCAUGAAUGCUGCACGUGGGUACUGGUGCAUGCCGGUAGCAGAGCUCGGCCUUCACUUCGAUGGAAUGGGCACUCUUUUGAGAGCCAAGCUACGACCACAGACAGCCAGGAAGGUUAUCCUACAGGGUCACAAGUUCACAUCUAGUGAGGCAUUGGCAGGUGGAAUUGUGGAUGAGAUAGCCCCGCCGGAGGAGAUGCUGGAUCGUGCAUUGGAGCUUGCCAACACGGUCAAGUCCAAGGCAAAGAUGGGCGUCUAUGGAUUGCUGAGAGGAGAGUUAUAUGGCGAGGCGCUGAGGGCGUUCCAGCAGAUUAGUUAUGUCCAUUCUCGCCUCAAUUCCCGCCAGGCAAAGGUCAAGCUUUAG